AUGUCCGCCCUCUUCGACUUUCAAGCUUUUCUCUCUGUGGUGCUGCUGGUCAUCUGCACUUGCACUUACGUGAAGAUUCAUUUUCCAAACUUGCUGCAACAAAAAACAGGGUUCCGUGGCUUUUUUUGGAAAGCAGCAAGAAUAGGGGAAAGACUCAGUCCAUGGGUUGCUGUCUGCUGUAUGACCAUGGGUCUCUAUACUCUCUUCUUCUAA